AUGCCGAAAUUUUCCUCCUCUUCCAGGGUCGGUUUCCAAUGGUCCACCAAUGGAGACAAGGCAUUUACGACAUGGCUCAUGUCCGGCAUCUGUUGUGCUUCCCGGGCUGUGCAGUAUCUGGCCAGUUCUGCUACUUUCCAAAUACUUGAGAAGGUUUCUUCAUCUGUCUGUAGGAUCGGAUCAAGGGAGGUUCUUACACUAUCUUUGUUUUGGAUUUGCCUACGGAACCAGGUGACUAGAUGGGUUUGGUCAUCCGGUAAUGAGUCCUCUAAUACUUUACGGCCGGUGAUGGUUUCGAUCAAAACCACCCAAAGGCAAAGACAUCAACUUUUGUUGUCACUCUUUCCUGUGGCUGUUUGGAAUUGA